AUGUCUGACCGAAUCGAAGUUCUGGUCUACGGGCUGGGGGCCAUUGGCUCCUUCUAUGCCUUCAUCUUGAGUCGUUCCGAGCGUGUGCGGCUGACGGUUGUCGCACGAUCGAACUAUGCAGCAGUGCGAGCAAAUGGUAUCACCAUCCACAGCGAGAAUCAUGGCCAGCAUACAUUCUACCCGCACAAAGUUGUCAAAUCUCCCGCCGAAGCAUCGGUGAUGGAUUAUGUCGUAUGCGCGCACAAGGCCAUUGACCAGGACGAGGUGGCGGCACAAUUGAAACCUGUGGUGGACCCGAGUCGCACCACAGUCGUCGUCAUUCAAAAUGGAGUUGGAAACGAAGAGGCAUUCCGGAAGCAGUUUCCCCAAUCCUCAAUUUUGACUUGCGUGACCUGGGUGGGAGCGAUCCAGACCAGCCCAGGCUUUGUAAAGCACACCAAAUCCGAAGAUAUGCAGAUUGGCCUCUUCCCCAAUCCACGGGUGGAUAGCCUGGCAGAGAAGCAACGACUCGAUGUCUUCGCCGACUUGCUACGACGUGGUCAGACCCGCUUCCAGGUUUACGAGGACAUGCAGCAGCAGCGGUGGGAAAAGGUCGUCUGGAACGUGGCGUGGAACUCGCUAACCACACUUACAAUGGUGGAUACUCAAACUUGGCUGCAUUCCUCCACUGAUGCGGAGCCAUUCACUCGCCAGCUGAUGCGUGAGGUGAUUAAUAUUGGUCGCGCCUGUGGUGUACCGCUUGCGGACGAGUUGAUUGAGCAGCUGAUGGACAAGAUUAACGCAAUGCCUGGAAUUGGAAGCAGCAUGCAGACCGAUUGCAAGUGUGGUCGCCCAAUGGAGCUUGAUGUAAUUCUAGGCUUCCCCGUGCGGAAGUCCCGGGAGUUGGGCAUCCCAGCACCCUAUCUAGAGGCAAUCUAUGUCAUUCUGCGCGCAGUGGAUGGCCGGCUGCGAGCUGCACUAUAG